UCCAAGAUUGUAUACUUCUCCUGAAGAACCACCCAAACCUCCAAACCGGCUAAGACUCAGCCGCAGCCGUCGGAGACGCCGCCCAAAACCUCUGGAGAUACAACCAAAAUCCGCCACGGAAUCCGCUCAUCCUCCUUCCUGAAGAACCACCGAACCUACUGACCUCUAUGGAGGGGAGUAUUGCUGAAGAGCUUUAUUCAGAAAGUUUGAAGCUGUCAAAAAUAGAAUUGGGUCCAAAGCCUUCUUCAACUGCCAAUGAUAAAGAAAGUGAUUCACAUGGAAGUUCUCUUAGGUAGAACAUGUAAUUUGGUUAAUUUUGUAGAUGGGGAUGACUUGCAGUAUGAAGAUGGACCUAUUUGGGACAGUGGUGGUGAGGAACUAGAUGAAGCAUCUGAAUUGGAUAGGGAGUGGCAGAGGAGACAUGACCAAUUUCAUACACAUGGAUAUCGUGAAGGUAUAUCCGCUGGGAAAGAAGCUGCCGCACAAGAAGGGUUCAAUAUUGGCUUUAAGCAAUCAGUCCUAGAUGGGUACAACUGGGGUGUUGUAAGAGGUGUUACCAGUGCAUUGGCUUCGCUUCCAGAUGGGUUAAAAGAAAAGUUAAUUGAAACACAAGAAAAGAGAAAUGAAUUCAGGGGAUUGUAUGAAUCUGUUCACUCUAUUUCAACAGCGGAUGCCCUUAGGCUGUUUAAUGAUGAUAUUCUCUCAAAAAAGGCUCUGGAACGAAGUGAAAAUGCUGAGGCUAGUUCUCAUGUACCAGGUUUGCAAGAGCAAAGUUCAGACUGUAGUCGUCUAGAAAAUUACUUCAAAGAACUCCAAUCACUUCUUUCAGACUCUCCUGCACUCAAAGGACAUUUUCUUGUAGACGAGUAGAUGGUGUUGUAACGUUUGUACAAGUAGUUACUCCAGUUUAGAUUUGGAAAAAAAUGGCAUGUACUGCAAACAAAAAAGAAAAAGGGUCUUCACAAUUUUGGUGGCAUUUGUUUUAGAAUUUAUUCUAGUACUAUUGAAGAAACUUUAGUCACAUUGGUUCGUUAUU